AAUCUUUGGUAGCGCUCAGCUAUGUAGAUGUUCACUGAUGCGUCUGGGAUCCUAUAUCAAAAAUUAGAUCACACGAUUGCGUACGCUCUAUCUGCAUAUUAAUAUUAACAUGCCGGCAUCCGUAACUGUGGCCGACAUAGCCGCUGGAUCUGGCUCAGAAUCCGAGUUGGACGACCAAACAGUGAACUCACCCACAUCAAAUGCAAGUGAGUCGUCAUCAGACGCCGAAUCCGACUCGCUCGACAGUGCAGCUUCUCGAAAAAAACGCAAGAUCUCUAAUGAUCUAGCACCUGUCGCUGCCGACUUGGUUACGUCAUCUAUAAACGUACCAUCUAGGAUCAAGCGGAAGAAUGCCGCCGUCGUGCAAACUAAGCCGGUGGAAGACACAGUACCUACGGCCGUUUCGGUGAUCAACUCAGUCGCCGCACCCGUGGAUCGUCAUACGACGUUCGAGUCCUUGAAACUCAGGCCAUGGCUUGUCCAGUCUCUUGCCAACAUGGCAAUCAAGAGGCCCACGGGAAUCCAGAAAGCUUGUAUCCCCGAAAUCCUCAAGGGUCGAGAUUGUAUCGGAACAAGCAGAACCGGUUCGGGAAAGACGGUUGCUUUUGCUGCUCCUAUUCUGCAGAAAUGGGCUGAAGACCCGAGCUCGAUUUACGCCGUCGUCCUGACUGCGACUCGGGAAUUAGCCCUGCAGAUCUACGAGCAGUUCAAGGCGAUAUCAUCACCUCAGUCUCUUAAAGUGAUUUUGGUCACUGGAGGAUCUGAUAUGCGCCCCCAAGCUAUCGCUCUAGCCCAGAGGCCCCAUGUCGUGAUCGCUACACCUGGCCGCCUAGCCGAUCAUAUCCGUUCUUCCGGGGAGGAUACUAUCUGUGGCCUACGACGGGCAAAGUUCGUCGUCCUUGACGAGGCCGAUCGAUUAUUAUCUGCCGGUGGACCUGGUAGCAUGCUACCAGAUAUAGAAGAGUGUCUCGGCGUCCUUCCGCCAUCAACUCAGAGACAAACUCUUCUAUUCACUGCUACUAUCACCCCUGAAGUCCGCGCGCUCAAAGACAUGCCGCCAAAACCCGGGAAGGAGCCAGCUUUCGUAUGCGAGGUCGAUACGCAGAAGCUUGCCGUUCCAACGACCCUACACCAGAUGUAUAUCCAGGUCAAUGUCACGCACAAGGAAUACUAUCUACACGCUUUCCUCCUAACGGAAGCCAAUAUUGAGAAAUCACUUAUCAUCUUCUGUAAUCGGACCUCUACUGCCGAGUAUCUUCACCACUUAUUACGUCUACUUGAGCAUCGCGUGACGUCUCUACACUCCAGGUUACCCCAAAGACAGCGCGUCGAUAAUCUGGGCAGAUUCCGGGCAUCAGCUGCACGGAUCCUUGUUGCCACAGACGUCGCCUCCCGAGGUUUAGAUAUCCCGGAGGUUAGCCUUGUAGUGAACUACGACGUGCCGCAGGACCCGGAUGACUAUAUCCACCGUGUGGGACGUACCGCCCGAGCAGGGCGAAAAGGUGACGCCGUCACUUUCAUCGGGCAACGAGACGUGGAGCGCAUCCACGCCAUAGAAACGCGCGUGGGUAGGGAGCUAGAGGAGUGGGAGGAGGAAGGCGUUAACCUGGAAACCAGGUUCAUCCGCGACCACAUGAAAGAGGUCGGCGAGAAGAAGAGAGAAGCUUUGCUAAAUAUCGAGGAGCAUCGGGAAGUCGGAGGAAAGAGGAAGCGGAAGAAGCUUCGGCUCGAGUGAUCCUCAUAGUGAAGAGGAACUUUGCUUAGCUGCCUACCUAUAGAUGGAUAGAGAAAAAUAAGGAAUAAUGUCUUUAGCUAUAUCGUACUUCGAUAAGUUGUCACGUGGUCUCACUUGUCUACUACUUAGAAUACUAUGGCAGUAUAAGGUACGUCUUUUCUUGGGCCCGCAUGAGUUACCUGUUAAUCUUGCAGAAUGACGCUAUUAUCCCCCCUCACAAGUUCUAGGCUAUCUGUGGCUUGCAUUCGACGCGGAGAUAUCUAUUUCAUGGAAGUAGGGGGUGGAACCAUCAACAACGUCUAGAACAAGAUAAAUAUGAGACCCCAUUAUUCAGGGGCGCGAACUGUCUCGUAUCGGCCGAGUGACUGCCAAGGCUAAGUGACGUCUUCACUUGAGUGUAAGCCUCCUAAGCCAUGGCUAGAGAGAAACAGAGCGUCGGGACCGCCUAAAAUUGUAAGGAACCAGCUAUUCUUCAUAUUGAUUGACAUUUUUGCUUUUCUUCAA